GCGAGAGGGAUCAAGACAAGGGAGAGCGUAAGGUGGAUAGUCGCGGGUAGGAGUCCACGUAUUAGGUACCAUGCAGACAUUUGGAUCAUUUAAACUACAUGAAAAACCACCAAAUCCACGACAUUAAUGAAGGAAUAGGCGGUUCGGUGAAGAACACGGUACAAAAUGUGGAAACACUUGACUUCACUGCUCGUGCUGCUCCUGCAGCUCCUCUGCUGUGGCAGCACUGACAAUCAAAGGCAGGAGGGGGCCCCACCUAUGCAGUUCACCCACUCCGUUUACAAUGCCACAAUAUACGAGAACUCUGCUGCUAAGACCUUCUUGGAGAGCCAUGCUAAGAUGGGCAUCUAUAUGACAGACUCAACCUGGGAGAUACGGUACAAGAUAAUGGCAGGGGACAACGAGAAUCUAUUCAAAGCAGAGGACUACUUGCUGGGAGAUUUCAGUUUCCUGCGCAUAAGGACCAAAGGAGGCAGCACAGCCAUUUUGAACCGGGAGGUUAAAGACCACUAUAUGCUCACAGUCAAAGCUGUGGAGAGGGGUACCAACUUGGAGGCACGCACCAGGGUCAAGGUCCAGGUACUCGACACCAAUGACUUGAGACCUCUGUUCUCCCCCACUUCUUACAGCAUCUCUCUGCCUGAGAACACCGCCAUACGGACCAGCGUGGCCAAAGUCACGGCAACGGACGCGGACAUUGGGACUAAUGGAGAGUACUACUAUAGCUUUAGGGAGGGGACAGACAUGUUUGCCGUCCACCCGACAAGUGGCGUGGUGACAUUGACCGGCAAGCUGGACUACUCCGAGACUAAGCUGUAUGAACUAGAGAUCCUGGCUGUGGACCGAGGCAUGAAACUGUACGGGAGCAGUGGCUUCAGUAGCAUGGCUAAGCUGACUGUCAGGGUAGAGCAGGCCAAUGAGCAUGCACCUGUUAUCACUGCGGUUACCCUGGCCCCAUCUGAUGCUGAUCCGGACCCCUCCUAUGCCAUCGUGACAGUUGAGGAUAACGACCAGGGACCAAACGGGGAGAUUGCGUCAUUGAGUGUGGUGGCAGGGGACCCCCUCCAGCAGUUCAAGGCUAUGAGAACCAGUCCUGGGAGCAAGGAGUAUAAAAUCAAAGCGGUCAAGGAUGUAGACUGGGACAGCCAGCCAUUCGGAUACAACCUCACUCUGCAGGCCAAGGACAAAGGAAGCCCUCCUCAGUUCUCCUCGGCUAAAGUCAUACACGUCACGUCCCCACAGUUUAAAGUGGGGCCACCGAAGUUCGAUCAGGCAGUUUACAGGGUCAAUCUCAGUGAAUUUGCCCCUUUACAUACACCUGUUGUUAUGAUAACAGCCUUGCCAAAAUAUCCUAAUUUGAAGUAUGCUUUCAAACAAAAGUCUGAGAAGAAUCGCUUUGCUAUUAAUGCAGACACUGGUCUAAUAACCACAAUCAGACCUGUCUAUGCUGAUCAUGUCUCUAGAUAUGAACUAGAAGUUAUCACCAGCGACAAGAGGGCAGCGACCAAAGUCAUCAUUGAUGUGAUUGAUGUCAAUAACAACGCCCCUGAGUUCCAGCAGACAUCUUACAAGGCCAGCGUUGAUGAGAAUGUACCCAUUGGGACCAGUGUGUUGGCGGUUAAGGCCACAGAUCUAGACAGCGGGGAGAAUGGGUACGUGACCUACAGCAUCGCCAACGUCAGUCCGCAGCCAUUUGUCAUCGACUACUUCUCUGGUGUUAUCAGCACCUCAGAGGUUCUGGAUUAUGAACUGAUGCCAAGAAUUUAUCAUCUCAAAGUCAGAGCCUCUGACUGGGGUUCCCCAUUUCGCAGAGAGGUUGAGGCCCCAGUUACCAUCAUGUUAAAUAACCUGAAUGACAAUAACCCCCUCUUUGAGAAUAUAGACUGUGAGGUGACUGUGCCCAGAGACCAUGGCGUUGGAGAGCAGAUAACCACGGUGUCUGCCAUUGAUGCUGAUGAAUUACAACUGGUACGGUACAAUAUAAAAUCAGGAAACAACCAUGAUCUUUUUGAAUUAAACCCAAACUCAGGUGUGCUUUCCUUGAAACAGACGCUUAGUGAGGGGGAGGCUGCUAAAGUAUCUUUUCAUAGCUUACACAUCACUGCCAGCGACGGGGAAAAUGAGACUCAACCAAUGUUCAUGAAUAUAACUGUUAUUACAGCUCGCAAGCCUGUCCAACUGAAAUGUGUGGACACAGGUGUUGCUACCAUGCUGGCAGAAAAGCUGCUCCAAGGAAACAAAGUCCACAACCAACCGGAACCUGAUGAUAACUUCAUGGAUAUUCAUUCCAUUAACCGCUAUUCCCCUCAGUUUGCCGAGUCUUUUCCCAGUGUCAUUGAGGUUAAAGAAGACCUUCCGGUCGGGGCCAGGAUUGUCCAUUUAAGUGCCUCUGACACAGAUAGUGGGUUCAAUGGGAAACUGGUGUACGUCAUUUCAGGGGGAGACAUAGAGAGCCGGUUCAUAAUAGAUAUGGAAAAUGGCUGGCUACUGGUUCACUCUCCUCUCGACAGGGAGACAACCGACCACUACACAUUAAACAUCACUGUCUAUGAUCUCGGCAUACCUCAGAAAUCCUCAUCACGCCUUUUGGACGUUAAGAUCUUGGAUGCUAAUGACAACAGUCCUCAGUUUUUGCAAGACACGUAUUCGGUGGAAAUUAGCGAGAGUACAUCUGUGGGGACGGAAAUCAUCCAGGUGGAUUCCACUGACAAAGACCAGGGAGAUAACGGCAUGGUAAGAUAUUCCAUUUUGGCAGACACUGACCAGUUUGCCAUUGACGAGAAGACCGGAGUUGUAACGGUUAAAAGACCAUUGGAUCGCGAGGUACAUCCGGUUUAUGUUCUGAAGAUUGCGGCACGUGAUCAAGCUGUCAGUGAACCUCAGCUAGUGUCCACAGUGUUGCUAAAGGUCAUUCUGGAAGAUGUUAAUGAUAAUCCUCCUAAAUUUGUCCCUCCAAAUUACCGAGUUAAAGUGAGAGAGGAUCUCCCUAUUGGCACUGUGAUUAUGUGGCUGGAAGCUCACGACCCUGAUGUUGGACCAUCCAGUCAGGUACGAUACAGCCUAACUGACAACGGAGGUGGGAACUUUGAGGUGGACAAAAUCAGCGGAGCGGUACGUAUCGUGCAGAAUCUGGAUUAUGAAAAAAGACAGGUGUACAAUCUCACGGCAAAGGCUAAAGACAAAGGGAAGCCCAUGUCCUUGUCAUCCAGCUGUUUCAUUGAGGUGGACGUGGUGGAUGUAAAUGAGAAUCUUUACAGGCCAUGGUUCCCCUCGUUUGUGGAUAAGGGAUUUAUAAAAGAGGAUGCUGUUAUCGGGACCUCCGUGAUGAAAGUAACUGCUCAAGAUGAAGACAAAGGUAGAGAUGGAGAGCUUCGCUAUUCCAUAAGGGAUGGAUCUGGUCUUGGGAUAUUCACCAUUGAUGAGGAGACUGGAGUCAUACGUACAAAAGAGCUCCUGGACCACGAGACCACGUCCCACUACUGGCUGACGGUGUACGCUACGGACGGCGGCGUGGUGCCCCUGUGGGCCUUCGUGGAGGUGUACGUGGAGGUGCAGGAUGUCAACGACAACGCCCCGCAGACCUCGGAGCCCGUGUACUACCCAGCCGUGAUGGAGAACUCCCUCAAGGACGUGUCCAUCAUCCAGAUCGAGGCGGUGGAUCCGGACGCCAAGGCCAGCGACAAGCUCUCCUACAAGAUCACCAGCGGCAACCCUCAGGGCUUCUUCGCCAUCAAUCCCAAGACAGGUCUGGUGACAACUACUUCCAGAAAACUGGACAGGGAGCAACAGGAUGAGCACAUUCUUGAGAUCACCGUCACAGACCAUGGCGUGCCAGCCAGAUCCACCACGGUCCGCGUCAUCGUCAAGGUGUUGGACGAGAACGACAACCGCCCUCUGUUCCUGGAGAAGACCUACAAGAUCAGUCUUCCGGAGCGAGAGAAGACGGAGAAGGAGAGGGCCCUGAAAAGAGACCCCCUGUACCGGGUCAUCGCCUCGGACCGCGACGAGGGAGCCAACGCCGAGAUUUCCUACAGCAUUGAGGAGGGCGACGAACACGGAAAGUUCUUCAUUGAGCCCAAGACAGGCCUGGUAUCGUCCAAGAAGUUCUCCUCGGCCGGGGAGUACGACAUCCUCACGAUCAAAGCGGUUGACAACGGCCGCCCCCAAAAGUCGUCCACCUGUCGCCUGCACAUUGAAUGGAUCCCAAAGCCUGAUGUUCCAUCUGAUGCACCCCCCUUGGCCUUUGAGGAGCCCCCCUUCUCCUUCUCUGUCAUGGAGAGUGACCCCGUGGCCCAUAUGGUGGGGGUUAUCACCACGGAAACCUCGGACCAGACGCCUGUCUGGUUUGAAAUCACAGGCGACAUAGAGGCAACUGAGAUGUUUUACAUUCUCCAGAUGUCCUGUGACCACAACUGUACAGCAGAAGGUGGCAACUAUGACAGUAGGUUUGACGUGGGCAAGGCCAGCGGGACGCUGAUCGUGGCCAGGCCCCUGGACGCAGAGCAGAAAUCCAAUUACAACCUGACGGUGGAGGCCACAGACGGAACGCGCUCAGUCAGCACCCAGGUGUUGAUCCGGGUCAUCGACACCAACAACCACAGGCCCCAGUUUUCCCAGCCCAGGUACGAGGUGAGCGUGCCAGAGGACACGCCUCCAGACACCGAGGUCCUGCGGAUCGGUGCCACCGACGAGGACGAGAAGAACAAGCUGACCUUUACCCUCCUGAGCAGCACCGACCCUUUCAGCCUGAAGAAGUUCCGUCUGGACCCGGGCACGGGCGUGCUGUACACGGCCGAGAGGCUGGACCACGAGACUAUGUGCCGGCACAUCCUCACCGUCAUGGUCCGGGACCAGGACAUUCCUGUCAAGAGGAACCUUGUGCGUGUCAUGGUCAACGUUGAGGACACUAAUGACAACGCUCCCUGGUUUGUGGGCUCGCCAUACACUGGUCGUGUCUACGAAUCUGCUGCCGUCGGAUCCGCGGUGCUCCAGGUCACCGCUCUGGACAAAGACAAAGGCCAGAAUGCAGAGAUUGUCUACAGCAUCGAGUCAGGAAAUGUUGCAAACUCAUUCACCAUUGAUCCGGUGCUUGGUACUGUUACCGUGGCGAAGGAGCUAGAUCGAAGCCAGAAGAACCAGUUUGAACUCUCUGUCAAGGCCACUGAUAAAGGAACUCCCCCGCUGUCUGCCACCACUACAGUCCACAUCAUGGUCACCGUGUCCGACAACGCCACCCCCAGGUUCACCGACAAAGAUUUAUCUGCAGAAGUCAGCGAAUUGGCUCUUCCAGGAAGUUUUGUGAGCCUGGUUACAGCCACCAGCCAAUCGUCUGUCUUCUACCAGAUCAAAGGCGGGAACGUCAACAAUGCCUUUGACAUUAACCCCAAUUCUGGAGUGGUGGUGACCCAGAGGGCUUUGGACUAUGAGACCACCCCAGAGUACAGGCUCACCAUCCAGGGAACCAACAUGGCUGGCCUGGCUAGCAACACCACCCUGAUGAUCCACCUGAAGGAUGACAAUGACAAUGCCCCUAUCUUCCUCCAACCUGAUUUUACUGGAAUGGUCAGUGAGUCUGCUCCUAUCAACAGUGUGGCCUUGACCAGACAGAACACUCCACUGGUCAUUCGCGCCUCCGAUGCCGACCGUGACCGCAACGCCAUGCUGGUCUACCAGAUUGUGGAGCCUUUCGCCCAUAAUUACUUUGCCAUUGACUCCAGCACUGGAGCUAUCAGGACCACCACAGCCCUGGAUUAUGAGAAUAGAAGUGUUUUCCAAUUCACAGUUCAGGUCCAUGACUUGGGCAUACCUCGCUUGUUUUCAGAAUCAGCCGCCAAUGUGACCAUUGAGGUCAUUGAUGUCAAUGACUGCUCGCCACAGUUCAGCCAGGAGCUUUACGAGACAACGGUCGUAUUACCAACAUACAAAGGCGUCCAAAUUAUUAAGGUUAACGCUACAGACUCAGACUCUGGACCAAACUCCAAACUCUUCUUUUCCAUCUCUGAGGGCAACAUUGGCGAUAAAUUCAAAAUGGAUCCGACCACUGGUGUUAUCUCCAUCCAGAAUGUCACCCAGUUGAGAAGCAGAUACGAAUUGAGGGUGAGGGUUUCGGAUGGCCGGUUUGCCAGCAUGGCUUCGGUGAAGAUAAACGUCAAGGAAAACAAGCAGAGCAGUCUGAAGUUCACCAGGGAGUCCUACACGGCCUACGUUCAGGAAAACUCCUCAGAAAAGAAAACGUUAGCGGUCAUUGCUGCCGUGGGGAACCAGGUCAACGAGCCUCUCUUUUACACUAUUCUCAACCCCGAUCGGAGGUUCGAAAUAAGCCGCACCUCUGGGGUGCUCUCUACCACUGGAAUAGCAUUUGACCGAGAGGUUCAGGACACGUUUGACAUCGUGGUUGAGGUCACGAGGGAGGAUACAUCUUCAGAGGUCUCCCAUGUUCUAGUUUCCAUGACUGUGGAGGACAUGAAUGACAACAAGCCCAUAUUUGUGAACCUGCCCUACCACGCCCUUGUCCAGAUUGAUGCCGAGGAGGGUCAUCUUAUCAGGCAGGUCACAGCUGUGGACAGUGACAUCGGACGCAACAGUGAAGUUUUCUACCACCUAAAAGAACAUCACGAGCACUUCCAAAUAAGUCCCUCUGGAGAAAUCUCCCUGAAAAAGAAGUUUGAGAAAGAGUCCUUAAACACAGAGUUUAUAGUCAGUGUUGGAGCCAAAGAUGGAGGCGAACCAGCUCUAUCGGCUGAAGUAUUGGUCUCUAUUACUGUAGUAAACAAAGCCAUGCCAGUGUUUGAAAAGCCUUUUUAUAGCAUUGAAAUCCCAGAAAACAUCCAGUUGCAUACUCCUGUAGUUCACGUUCAGGCCAACGACUCUGAAGGGCCACGCAUAGUUUACACCAUCUCUGAGGGAGACCCAUUCAGUCAAUUCUCCAUCAAUUUCAAUACAGGAGUCAUACAUGUGAUCCAGCCUUUAGACUUUGAGGCCCACCCGGCCUAUAAACUAAGUGUUAGAGCGACCGACUCCCUAACUGGAGCUCAUUCGGAGGUGUUUGUAGAUAUAAUUCUAGAAGACAUCAACGAUAACCCACCUGUAUUCCUAUCAAAGUUGUACUAUGCCAACAUAUCCGAAGCCUCAGUUAUUGGCACAUUCGUCUUACAGGUCUCGGCCCAAGAUUCUGAUACAAGCAACAACAAAGUUCUCUUUUACCAGUUGGUUGAGGAAAAGGGAAAGAGCUCAGAGUAUUUUAGCAUUGACCGUGAUACUGGAGUCAUCUGGACAGCUCAAAUGCUGGACCACGACCAGAUCCAACAGCAUAAGCUGACAGUCCGAGCCGUGGACGGGGGAGUUCCCGCCCUCUCCAGCGACGUCACUGUGACUGUAGAUAUCACCGACCUGAAUGACAAUGCCCCAAUGUUCACGGAGAACGUUUACGAAGCGACAGUCAGCGAGUUAGCACCCAGGGGCCACUUCGUCACCCAAGUUCAGGCGUCCGAUGCUGAUAGCUCAGACACAGGGAAACUGGAGUUCACCAUCCUGUCCGGUAACGAGGAUCAGAACUUUGCCAUUGACAAAAACACAGGGGCCAUUGUCAUCUCCAACCACCGAAGGCCCCACAUGGAGCCUCUGUACAACCUCAAUGUGUCCGUGUGCGACGGGGUGUUCAGGAGCUCCGUUCUUGUGAAAGUGACUGUCAUCGGAGCCAACUUCCACGAGCCCACAUUCCCUCAGCUUGACUAUGUGGUGGAGCUCGUGGAGAAUUCCCCUGUUGGCACCUUGGUUGCUGAAGCCAGAGCCACAGAUGAAGACGCAGGCCUGUACGGACAGCUGACCUAUCACAUUGUCAACGACUUUGCCAAGGACAAAUUCUCUGUCAAUGAAAACGGAGAGAUCUUCACCCUGGAGAGCCUCGAUCGUGAAAAUGCCAUUGAGAAGGUCAUUCCCGUCUCUCUCAUGGCGAAGGACGGAGGUGGUAAGGUUGGCUUUUGCGUCAUCAACGUCAUUUUGACAGACGUCAACGAUAACGCGCCUCAGUUCAGAGCGCUCGAGUACAGAGCCAACGUAGCGUCAGACGUGCAGAGGGGAUCCACUGUGCUCAAAGUCGCCGCGUCGGACAUGGACGAAGGGAGCAACGCCGACAUCACCUUCGCCAUUGAGGCUGAGGUCGACAACGUUGAAGAGAACUUUGAGAUCCACCCGCUCAGUGGAGUCAUAGUCACCAAAGAAAGCCUCAUCGGACUGGAGAACGAGCUCUACGCCUUCUUCGUCAGGGCAAAGGAUGCUGGGAAUCCCCCCAAACAAUCUGUUGUGCGGGUUUACAUAAGGAUCCUGGCCCCUGAGGUCCCAGUCCCUAAGUUUGUGGAGACGCACUACCGGUUUCCCAUCGCAGAGGAUCUUCCUAUUGGCACAGAGAUUGACGUCAUCCAGGCUGUGAGCGAACAGCCAGUGGUCUACAGCCUGGUGAAAGGCAACACCCCAGAAAGCAACCAGGACGAAGUCUUCGUUGUGGAUCAUGACACAGGCACCCUGAAGUUGGAGAAAAAUCUGGACCACGAGACCAUUAAAUGGUACCAGCUAACAUUGCUGGCUCAGAGCAAGUAUGAAAACUAUGAGGUAGUGGCAACAGCAGACAUCAACAUCCAGGUGAUAGACCUCAACGACAACAAGCCUGCCUUCGAGUCGGACCCGUACCAGGCCGUGGUGGUGGAGAACCUUCCGAGCGGCACUCAGGUGAUCCAGGUGAGAGCCACAGACCUGGACUCCGGCACUAACGGUCAGGUGGUCUACAGCCUCAACCCAAAGCAGAGCUCAGAGGACAUUCCGGAGCUGUUCGCCAUCAACAGCGAAACGGGAUGGUUGACCACUUUGAAGGAGCUGGACCGUGAGAAGAGGAGCCAGUACACUGUGGCAGUCCUGGCCACUGACCGUGGGGACAAAGAGCAGCUGGUGACCGGGACCACUGUGGAGGUGACGGUGGCGGACGUGAAUGACAACCCACCACGGUUCACGGCGGAGAUCUACAAGGGCACGGUCAGCGAGGACGACCCUCCUCCCAGUGGCGUCAUAGCCAUCUUGAGCACCACAGACGCCGACACAGAGGACAUCAACAAACAAGUCACCUACUUCAUCACAGGCGGUGACCCGCUGGGACAAUUUGCCAUCAGGCACGUCCAGAACGAGUGGAAGGUCUUGGUCAGAAAGCCAUUGGACCGCGAGGAGCGUGACAAUUACCUCCUAAACAUCACCGCUACUGAUGGCAUCUUUGCCGCCAAGGCCACCGUGGAGGUCAAAGUGCUGGAUGCCAACGAUAAUAGCCCCGUGUGCGAGAAGUCCCAGUACAUCGAGAGUGUUCCGGAGGACUCCCCCGGCGGAAGGCUCAUCCUGCAAGUCUCAGCCACAGACGCAGACAUCCGCUCCAACGCCCAGAUCUCCUACGAGCUCCACGGGGCCGGCGUGGAGCUCUUCACCAUCGACCCCGAUACAGGCGAGCUGAAGACCCUGCGUGCGCUGGACCGCGAGGAGCAGGAGGAGCACAGGUUCAAGGUGCGUGCGCUGGACGGCGGGGGGCGUUACUGCGAGGCCGACGUCACCAUCACCGUGGAGGACGUCAACGAUAACGCCCCGCAGUUCUCCUCCGACCCCUACGCCAUCACCGUCUUCGAGAACACAGAGAUCGGCACCUUCGUGGCGAGGCUUCUGGCAACCGAUAUCGACAUAGGUAUGAACAGCGACAUCCUGUACUCGCUGGCUGACUCGGCCGACGGCCACUUCUCCAUCGACGAGCGCAGCGGCGUGGUGACCCUGGAGCGCCCGCUGGACCGGGAGGUGCAGGCGGUGUACGAGCUGCGCGCGCGUGCUACCGACCAGGGCUCGCCCCGGCGCCUCUCCUCACUCAGCCAGGUCACCGUGUCCGUGCUGGACAUCAACGACAACCCGCCGGUGUUCGAGCGCCGCGAGUACGUGGCCACCGUGGCGGAGGACAUCGCCGUGGGGACGCAGGUGCUGCGGGUUCUGGCGGCCAGCCGGGACAUCGAGGCCAACGGGGAGAUCGGCUACGCCAUCGUCAGCGGCAACGAGCACGGCAUGUUCAGCGUGGACCCCAAGACGGGCGACGUGUUUGUCAUCGAGCCUCUGGACUACGAGGUGUCCCAUGAGUACUACCUGACGGUGGAGGCCAAGGACGGAGGCACGCCUCCUCUCAGCGACAUGGCCACCGUCAACAUCAACCUGACGGAUGUCAACGACAACAGCCCCACCUUCAGCCAGGGGACCUACGGCGCCGUGGUUGGCGAGGACGUGGAGCCUGGCAAGACGGUGGUUGCGGUCAUGGCUGAGGAUGCAGAUGGCCCCUCCUUCAACCAGGUCCGCUACACCAUAGUGGAGGGCAACCAGGGCACUCCCUUCACCAUCGACCCGCUGAAAGGAGAGGUUAAGGUGGCACGCCAGCUGGACAGAGAGAAGACGUCAGGCUACACGCUCACGGUGCAGGCGGCCGACAACGGGUCGCCUCCGCGCACCAGCAGCGCUACGGUCAACAUAGACGUGUCGGACGUCAACGACAACCCACCCAUCUUCUCCCAGGCCAACUACAGCCUCAUCAUCCAGGAGAACCGCCCUGCCGGGACCAGCGUCCUCCAGCUGACUGUGACGGACCGCGACGCCACCCACAACGGGCCCCCGUUCACCUUCGCCCUGGUGGGCGGCAACGAGGGCGAGGCGUUCGCCCUCAGCCAGCAGGGGGAGCUGCAAGCCAUGGGGGAGAUGAACAGGAGGGCCAGGGAGCACUACCUCCUGGAGGCCCAGGUGUCAGACAGUGGUAAACCCCAGCUCCUGUCCACCACCUUCAUCAGCGUCCGCAUCAUCGAGGAAAGCGUUUACCCUCCGGCCAUCCUACCCCUCGACAUCUACAUCUCCACGGCCGGCGACGAGUAUCCCGGCGGCGUCCUGGGGAAGAUCCACGCCACCGACCAGGACGUCUACGACACGCUCACCUACAGCCUCGCCCCCUCCUACUCCGCCGCCGCGGGCACGGACGGCGCCCUGUUCUCCGUCUCCGCCUCCGACGGCAAGGUGAUCGCGCAGCGCCCGCUGGACGUGGGCCACUACCCGCUCAACGUGACCGUGACGGACGGACGCUUCACCACGGCGGCCGACGUCAACGUGCACGUGCGGCAGGCGCCCAGCCAGGCGCUGGACAACUCCAUCGGCGUGCGCUUUGCCGCCAUCGCGCCCGAGGAGUUCAUCGGGGACUACUGGCGGAACUUCCAGCGCGCGCUGAGGAACAUCGCGGGGGUGCGGAGGAGCGAGGUCCAGCUGGUCAGCCUCCAGCCUGCAGAGCAGUCCUCUGGGGACCUGGACGUGCUGCUGGCCCUGGAGAGGUCCGGGAGCCCCUACCAGCCCCAGGAGGUUGUGUUCCGCAAGCUGAACUCGUCGGCGGCGGUGAUCGAGGAGAUGACGGGCGUGCGCAUCGUGCGCGUGGUCAUGAAGCUGUGCGCCGGGCUGGACUGCCCGCUCCGCUACUGCGACGAGGCAGUGACGCUCGACAAGACGGCCAUGUCCACCUACAGCACCGCCCGCCUCAGCUUCGUCACCCCCCGCCACCUGCGCACCGCCACCUGCCAGUGUGAAGGUGGUAGCUGCCCCUUGUUGAACAAGCUAUGUGAGGCCAGCCCCUGUCCAGAGGGCAUGGAGUGUGUAGCUGACCAGAAGGAGGCCAAGUAUAGCUGCGUGUGCCCAGAUGGCAAGAGGGGCAAGUGCUCCGACGGGCACUCUCUGACAUUUAACGGCAGCGGCUAUGUCCGGUACCGUCUGAUGGAGAACGAGAACAAGGAGGAGAUGAAGCUGUCCCUGAGGCUCAGGACCUUCUCCAACCAUGCCACCGUCAUGUACGCCAAGGGCACCGACUACAGCAUCCUGGAGAUCGUGAACGGCCGUCUGCAGUACAAGUUUGACUGCGGCAGCGGGCCGGGCAUCGUGUCGGUGCACAGCACCCAGGUCAAUGACGGCGAGUGGCACACCGUCUCCCUGGAGGUGGACGGCAACUACGCCAAGCUGGUCCUGGACCGCGUGCACGCCGCCUCGGGCACGGCGCCGGGCACCCUGCGCACCCUCAACCUGGACAACAACCUGUACUUCGGCGGGCACGUACGGCAACACUCGGCCGCCGGGCGCCACGGGCGCAGUCUGCCCGUCACCAACGGACUGCGGGGCUGCAUGGAGGGCAUGGUACUCAACGGGCAGGAGCUGCCGCUCAACACCAAGGCCCAGCGCGCUCACGCCGUGCUGGAGGAGGUGGUGGAGGUGGCGCCCGGCUGCGCGCUCCUCAUGCCUGCCGACGGUUGCUCCAGCAACCCCUGCACCAACGGUGGCACCUGCUCCUCUCUGCCCAACGGAGGCUUCUUCUGUAAGUGCCCGGUCUCCUUCAUGGGCACACACUGUGAGGUUGGCGUCAGUCCCUGCGCUUCCAAUCCAUGUCUGUAUGGGGGCACCUGCGUGCCUCGCUCCGAUGACUUCUAUUGCCAGUGCAGAGGGCAGUACUCAGGCCAACGGUGCCAGCUGGGGCCAUACUGCACAGACAAUCCCUGUAAGAACAGCGGCAAGUGUAUUGACAGCCUGGACGGCCCCGUCUGUGAGUGUGAGCCCGGCUUCCAGGGCGACAGGUGCCUCAGCGACAUGGACGAGUGCCUGAAGAAUCCCUGCUCCAAUGGAGGCCAGUGCCAGAACACCUACGGAUCCUACAGGUGCAACUGCUCCUCAGGCUUCAGCGGCUCUCUGUGCGAGCUGCGCUCGGCUGUCCGCAACGACUUUGUCUCCACCUCCUGGAACAUCGGGCUGGAGGAGGUCAUAGGCAUCGUGGUCUUCGUGUUCAGCAUCUUCCUCCUGGUCCUCGUGUUCGUGCUUGUCCGCAAGCGGGCAUGCCGAGGUGGCAGGUCCAAAAACGACGACGACAAGCACCUGAGAGGCUCGUCCGGGCCGCACUCCUUCCUGCAGAGGCCGUACUUCGACGCCAAGCUGAGCAAGAACAUCUACUCGGAUGUCCCGCCGCAGGUCCCUGUCAGGCCCAUCUCCUACACUCCCAGCAUCCCCAGCGACUCCCGCAACAACCUGGACCGCAACUCCUUCGAGGGCUCGGCCAUCCCGGAGCACCCGGAAUUCAGCACAUUCAACCCAGACUCUGUGCACGGACACCGGAAGACGGUGGCGGUGUGCAGCGUGGCGCCCAACCUCCCGCCUCCGCCGCCAUCCAACUCGGUCUCGGACAGCGACUCCAUCCAGAAGCCCAGCUGGGACUACGACUACGACGCUAAAGUGGUGGACUUGGACCCAUGCCUCACCAAGAAGCCGGUGGAGGACAGCGCCUGCCACCCCUACAACACUAGAGAGAGCAUGUCUGAGGUCCACUCCCUCAGCUCCUUCCAGUCAGAGUCCUGUGACGACAAUGCCUCCCUAGUGACAGUAAUCCACCUUGUCAACUCUGCUGUUGACUCGGUGGGAGGAGAAGAGUCAUUUUUGGCUCACGAGCUCAAGAAUCCAAGAGGCUAUCACUGGGACACGUCUGAUUGGAUGCCAAGUGUUCAACUUCCUGGAAUCCAGGAGUUUCCUCAGUAUGAGGUUGUGGAGUCCCCGGCCCCCCUGUACAGCGACCCCAGCGCCAUCGACACCGACUACUAUCCCGGCGGCUACGACAUUGAGAGUGAUUUUCCUCCCCCGCCAGAGGAUUUCCCAGCCCACGAGGAUCUUCCCCCACCUCUGCCUGAGUACGGGGAGCCCUACGACACCCUGGCCCCGCCUCCUACCAGCCCCGGCGGCGUUCGGAAACGGCCGCCCUUACCGCAGCUGUACAGCCUUAACCAGUACCUGCCGCAGCACCACUACCCCGGGCAGCCGGCCCACGUGCCUGGAGCCAGCACUACCGCUACCAUCGCGAGCAGCACCGCUGCCACUCCGCCCUCCACCAUGGGCGCCGGGGGCUACCGGGGGGGCUACACCAUGGGCUACGGACGGGACUACGAGGCCCCAGCCCUGGACAACAUGUCCUUGUCGCUGUACACGUCCACGGCCUCCUGCUCGGACAUGUCAGCGUGCUGCGAGGAGUCGGAGGUGAUGAUGAGCGAUUACGAAAGCGGCGACGAGGGCCACUUUGAGCGGCUGGCCAUCCCUGCUCUGGACUCCCAACAGCACACUGAAGUCUGACACUGGAUCCAAACAAAAGUGCCUGAAACCCCCCCAAACGCCUCUUUCUUUAUGUUUCACUGUUCAUAUCACCAACACUCAAUGACAUACACUACAGAUAUACUGACACACAUACAUACACAAACAUCACACACACACAAAUCUGUUUUGUCACUCAACAGGGGGGUGUUGGGGCUGGUUUUUGUCUGUGAAGGCCGCUUGGCUAAGGCAUUGCCCUCAGUUCUCAGUGUAACUCCCACAGUACUGGAAAACCCACAUUUUGAGUAGACUGUGUCAUUGCUUUAAGUGACAGUCAUCAUGCACAAGAAAUUACAUGUCUUACAUAUCUAUGUUGAGAUGUAUGUCCGAAUAACAGAGAGAAACACACAUGAUAAUGAUCUUCAGAGAAAAAAAAGAUGAAAUAUUUCAAGAUCUGUAUUUGUAUAGAUAAAAUCAUGCAAACUGAUUUUUUUUAUAUCAAUCCUCAUUCAUUUCCAAUGUAAAUGUAAAUGUACAGUUUGAUUUUGAGGUUUGCUAGGUUUUGUAGAUAUUUUAUGCUUUCUUUUCCCCCAAAAAUAGACACAAGUUAAAUGGUGUGACUUUAUCAGCCUUACUGUAUGAUCAUUCACUACAAAAAAAGUUUAAUUGAAAAAAAGAGGAGAAGAGUACUUUUCCCACACACACAAUGUAUCUGUUAAGUGAAACGUCUCCUACUCAUUUCAAAAAGGGUCUUUGAAAGAGCGACUGCAUAUUAUUGUGUUGUUCUUUAAUUUUUAUUUGUUUUGUUUGUAAAUUGCGACUUUGGAACCUCUUUAUUUUUCCACCACGAAAAUGGGACCCAAUAUAUUUAUAGUGCAAAGUUAUUCAUGGACACAUGACUUUUUCAGGUGUGUGUGUGUGUGAGCAAUGCUAUGGUCUUGUUAAGGUUUUUAUUGAAAUACUGCCACUAGCUCACGCUUUCCUACUGGCAAUAAAUUAUUCCUAAAAAAAACACUUCCAUUGUAGUUUUUUUUAUUUAAAUAUAAAUGUUACUAUUAUACUGUCUCCGAGUGACCUUAACAAUGUUGCUUAUCAAUGCUUGAAAGUAAGUCUUGUCGAGAUGCAGAAUAAAAUUCAUCACAAUUCCAUUAUAAUAUGACGGAACUGAAAAACAAACAGUGUGAUGCUGUUAUUGUUUUAGUAGCAAUCAUA